UCGAUCGCCAGAAGGUGAAGGAUUAGAAUUAGAAAGCGUAGCACAGAAAGUGAAACUACAAGCGAGGAAGGCCAGAAGAAGAUCAUGUUAACAUAGAUUACGUUCGGGUACGCGCAACAUAUGCUAUACAAGGUCUGAACGUAAAAGGAACGCGCCGUCUACUGCUAUCAAUUAGAGCACGACGCUUCAUCGUAUUUUUCUGUGUAACGAGUAAAAACCUUCCACUAACUCACGACCAUGCCGCCGAAAUCCAAAGCUCAUCACCACCGUUCUGGGCAGAACAAUGUCAAGAAGGCGCACAACAAGAAGCGCGGGGCCGGACCAAACCAGCCUGCGCCGCAGUUGCUGGCCUCGAAAGGGAAGAAGAAGCAGAACAACAAGUCUGGCAAUGGUGACAAGAACUCAAAAGCUACCGCCCCGAAACUCGUCUGUUUCGUCGCGUUACACGACAGCGCAAAUCCGUACUUGUUGAAAACCCAGUGCCUGAAGCAGGUCGGGUACGAAACGGAACACCUUCCGUACUCGCCGGUGACGGUCAAUUUGCCGCCCUGGGCACAGACCAGCGCGCCAGGAGCCGGACAAGGAACUAGAGGUACGACUUCUUUGACAGGCAUUUAAGAUGACGAAGAGGAUAUCGUCGAUUAAACAACCUGAACCAAUCUACCAUCAGGUUCUUGUUUCAGGAGUACCAUGAAAAACCCUAAGUCAGUGAUUAGCUGCAACACGUGGACGUGCCUUCUUCACCAUGAAGAUGAUGAUAAGUACAUUUAUUCGCAUGUGAAUGUGCAUAAUCUAAAUCUAUCUCCACCCCCAUCAUCGAACAGGUAACCAGCGCAUGACGUUUUGGGACAUUGCCAGUCGCGACAAGUUUCACAUCCUAGAUGCCGCCAAGGUCGCGGACGUGGUGGUGCUCUGCAUGGGACCCCACGGGUCCCUGGAGUCCCGCCCUUUUGACGACAUUGGGUACGAGACCCUGUCCUGCCUAAAAUCCCAGGGCGUGCCGACGGUGGUGGGGGCGAUGCAGGGGCUGGGGGGUGAUAGUAGCUACCAGAGCAUGGUGGAACAGCUGUUCAGCCAGGAUACGGUCGCGAAUUCCUCCUGCUCUUCCUCCUCCUCCUCCAGCACAACGACGACCACAACCUCCAAACAUGCCCAACAGAUGUUGUCGAAGAAGCAAAAACAGGCCAUGUCGAAGCUCGUCCAGCGCUUUUUCGAAUCAGAGUUCCCGAACGGCGAGAAAUUCUUCGAGUGCAGUACUCCAAACGACUUGACCAAUUUCGUCCGCCACGUUUCAAAUACCAAUUUGAAAGACCUGGCCUACCGAAAAGACCGGGGCUACAUGCUGAUAGAACAAGCGGAACCGAAUUUCGAGAACGACAAAACGAAAUUGAAAUUAUCCGGUUUUCUCCGCGGUUCCGGCAUCUGCAGCAAUAACCUGGUGCAUUUGACCGGAGUGGGGGAUUUUCCGGUUUUGGAAAUUGCCACCGCGGACGGGAAGCAGAGACGGGUCAGGAUGAAUAAAGUGGGUACUGUUGAAGGCGGUAGUGCAGCAGUUAGUGAAAUUCAGCGGCUGCAGCCCUACGAUCCGUCGCAGAAUGAGCAGCAUUUGGGGGAGCAGGAGGCAAACAAUGACUGUGCGAUGGACGGGGCGGGGGACGGUAAGGAGUUGGUUUUUUUUGACGUUGCAAAAAAUGUGUUUGCUUUCUUUCGUGAUUUGUCGUAAGCGAUCAUCUAAAAUCGCGCAUAUUUUUUUCCCGCCAACACUACACUAGAGCAGCCGUCAAGAAUAAAGAAAAAAUGAAAAAAUCGCAGCCGACGCCAUGACCGAUAUCCCGGACGCGGCGGAGGGCGCGGUGCCAACGAUGCUGGGCACGGCAGGGUUGAAACAAAGGGACGAAGAUGAGGACUCCGAUUUUUCCUUUUCCGAUUUAAACGAAGAACUGUUCCGCUACGCGGAGGAGUGCCCGACAAAGAAAACGAUGGAGUUUGAAGAGCGCGCAUUGGAAGAUCUGGAUUUCCCGGACGAGGUUGACACCCCGUUGCCGCCCGCAGAAGCGAAAAUCAGGUAUGAAUCCAGGAAAAGCGCUUUCGUUUUGUUGUCGCCGAACUUUGAGCGAAAGUCGAAAAGCAUUUCUGAUAGAAGUUCUAGGUCCUCACACCCUUCAUCUAUCUUUUUCACAGAUUCUAGUGUGUCUCUCAUGUGCAGCUGUCAGUUUGCGUUUAUCGUUUGAUUCUUUCGAACAUCAAUACGAAAAUAACCCUCGUCCCUAGGUUCCAAAAAUACCGGGGUCUCCGCUCGCUGAAAACCUCCCCGUGGGACCGCUACGAGGACUUACCCUUGGAGUACUCCAGAAUCUGGGAGUUCGACGGCUUCAAGAGUUGUGUGAACGCGGCGAAGGAGCAGCACGCGGAGGAUGUGGAGCAGGAAUGGACGAACAGUGACGGGAACAAGGACAGUACUAGUGCCAGUACUUCUUCUAGCAUCAAGGGCCAGUACGUGCACAUUGUGAUUGGGAACAUCACGGAAGCUGCGCUGGAAAAGCUGAAGAAUUUGAACAUGGUGCGGAACAUGACACUGAGAAGCACCGAUGGGGAAUUAAAUAGCAGUACAAGCACUUCCACCGUGGUCGUCCAGGGCCCCGUGAUCUUAUCCACCCUCUUCGAGCACGAGCACCAGGUGUCCGUGAUGCAUUUCCAGAUCCACCGCACGACCGCCGGCACUGAUUCCCUCACCACCGGCAAAACCCUCGACCGGUCGAUCAAGUCCAAAACCGAAACCGAAUUCCACUGCGGCUUCCGCAGGUUCCUCGCCCGACCGAUUUUCUCCCAGCUACCGAAAAAAUCCUGCGCGGAAAAGGACAAACACCUGUACCAACGGUACUGCCACCCGGGCCAGAGCUGCGUCGCCUCGGUGUACGCACCGAUUUUGUUUCCGCCUUGCACGGUUCUCAUGUUCGAGAAGGAAGCGGGGGAUAUUGACAGGGUCUGCAGUUCUAACUCGUCCGGCGAGACGAAAAAUGUUGAGAAGGAUGAUGGGCACAACAUGCAGGAUCAAGAAAUGAGGAUGAAACAAGACGACACAACGAUGAUGACCGACGACGCAAAAUCAACAUCAACAACAACAGCGACUACAGCACUGAAUAACACCAUGAAUCAGAAAAACGUUUCCGGAGUCACCGCCUGGACAGCUGCCGGGGAAAAGAACCUGCUAGCUUGGGGCGAGGUGAUUGACGCGAACCCAAAGAAGAUAAUCGUGAAACGGUGCAUCCUCGCCGGUUAUCCCUUCCGCGUCCACAAGAACAAAGCGGUGGUCCGCCACAUGUUCUUCAAGCCCGACGACAUUCGGUGGUUUCGCCCGGUGGAAUUGCGGACCAAGCACGGGCUGCGGGGGAACAUCCGGGAGUCUUUGGGGACCCACGGCUACAUGAAGUGCAUCUUCGGCGACCGGAUCAAACAAAACGACACCAUCUGCAUGGACCUGUACAAACGACAGUACCCAAAAUGGCACCCGGUCACCUGGGGCGGAAAUCCGAACAACGGCCCAGAUUCGGAAGCGCUUGCAUAAGUAGCACGGAAGAGGGACAAUGAAAAUGAUGCAGUUCUUGAUGUGAAGAACUCGUUCUUUCAAAAGUGGUUUGAACUUGUAAAUUCGCAUUGUUUUUACGCAUAUGAUAUCUGUUAAACAAGCGCAAUGUAGUCGUUAUUUGUUCUAAGUUCGAAA